AUGCAAGGAUCUGAUAAAACUAGGUGUACCCUAAUUAAUAAUAUGAGUGACGCCAUUUUAGUCACUUCUAUUAUACAUCUUAUUUUGCAAACCGCUUCUAUCAAACAAUUGCUAAGUUAA